AUGAUGAAGAAAAAGCCUUCUAGCGUGACCCCAUCACCACCACUUUCAUCGUCUCCACCGCCAUCACCGUACCAAAACGAUGCCGUUUCAGAUGAUGCUUAUGCUAUGAUGGGCCCCACACUCCCCUCAGAUCUGAUCACAAGCAUCCUCUUGAGGCUCCCAGUAAAAUCUUUGGGUAAGUUCAAGUGCGUUUCAAAGCAAUGGCUUCACACAAUCAGCGACCCACACUUUGUUUCCACGCGCAGAAGUCUCUCUUUGCACAACCCUAAUCUGCUUUUACUUAAAAAGAGUCCAGUUGUACAAGAAGCCCAUAUGAAAAAAUGCACAAGAAUUGAUGUUUGUUCGUUAAAUUUUGAUGGGUCUUGUAAGAAUCUUGAAUUCUCUUUGUAUUUGAAUGAUGAUGCGAAGUACAUUGAGAUGUUGCCUUCCAAAUGGGAUAUAAUUUGCUUCGUGAGUGAAAAUGGGUUUUAUGUUUGCAAUCCUGGCAAGCAAGAGAUGGUGAAAUUGCCCGAGGCUAGUUGUUGUACCUCUGGUGAGGUGAAUGCCGGGAUGGGUUACGUGAAGGAGAGGGAUGAGUAUGUUUUGGUGCAUUUGUUUGAUAAGAGCUUGGAUAUACAUGUGGAUAAUUACAUAGGGUGUGAGGUGUUGAGGUUGACCGACGGGAAGGAUUGCGAGUGGAAGGUGGUGGAGGCCAAUUGCCCCUUUAUGGUUCGGGGGUGGGGUGUUUUGGUGAACAAUGUGUUCUAUUGGAUGUUUUGGGAUGACUACACUCAUCCAAGUGAAGAGGCUAUAGUGUCAUUCGAUCUUGAGAAGGAGGAGUUUGGGACUGUCUUACCACCCGAGGGUUGUUUUGAUCCUCAUGGAGUGUGGUCUUUGGUGGAAUUGGGAGGGAAUCUGUGCUUAGUGGACAAUGCAACUCGACCAUUUACUAUGGAUAUAUGGGUGAUGAAAGAUUAUGACAAUCAGAAGUGGGUUCGGGAAUAUAGUAUUGAUUUAAAUGGAUAUAGCAAUGACACACUCAAGUUCGUUAUUCCAUUAGAAUUCUGGGAUGGGAAAAUAUUUAUGGAUGCAAAGCAAGAGAGUCUUGACUAUUAUGACGUGGAGAACAAGUGCAUCAAAAGAAUGGACCAUCUGAUUGCUGGAGAAUGGACUUGGCUGAGGCUUUACACUGAUAGUUUCUUUUCCUUGGGAAGUCGAUAA